AUGGACCUCAGGGGCAAGGGAGCAGAAAAGAGCUGGUAUAUCUGUAAGAAUGCUUUCUAUAGAGCAUCAGAGAUCUCAGAAAUCUGGCAAGGAAGGGAUGAGGUGAGGAAGGUCAAGGUGCAGCUGGAACUGAACUUGGCAAGGGAUAUAAAGCAAACCAAGAAAGGGUUCUACAGGUACGUAAACCAGAACAGGAAGGUUAAAGAAAGCAUUCCCCCUAUGAUGAGCAAGAGUGGGGAACCAGUUGAUGAGCAGAAGGAUGAGGUUCUCAGCAACUUUUUUGCCUCAGUCUUCACUGGCAACCCCUCUCCUCAUGGAUCUCAUGUUGAUGUCCCACAAGAUGGAGACCAGGGAGACAAAGUCCCUCUCAUUACAAGCAAAGAAAAAGUGCAUGAUCAUCUGAGGAACCUGAAGAUAUACAAGUCCAUAGGACCUGAUGAAAUGCAUCACAUAAUCCUGAGGGGAUUAGCUGAUGUAGUUGCCAAGUCACUCUUCAUGAUAUUUGAAAAGUCCCGGCAGUCAGAUGAUGACUGGAAUCUCAGCUGUGCUUCAGUUUACCCAGACAAGACUGCAAGACCCCUUGCUCCCCACAAGUCCAUGGGACCAGAUGAGAUCCAUCCUAGGGUGCUGAGAGAGCUGGCAGAUGAGCUGGCCAAGCCACUCUCCAUGAUUUUUCAUCAGUCCUGGCUCACUGGAGAGAUCCCAGAUGACUGGAAGCUGGCCAACGUGGUACCCAUCCACAAGAAGGGCCGGUUGGAUGAGCCAGGGAAUUACAGGCCUGUCAGCCUGACCUCAGUACCAGGAAAGAUUAUGGAGCAGGUCAUCCUGUGUGCAAUCACACAACACUUAGAGGAUGGCCAAGGGAUCAGGCCCAGCCAGCAUGGGUUUAGGAAGGGCAGGUCCUGCCUGACCAACCUGAUCUCCUUCUAUGAUCAGGUGACCCGCCUGGUGGAUGUGGGGAGGCCUGUGGAUGUAGUCUACCUGGACCUCAGCAAGGCCUUUGACACCGUUCCCCAUAGCAAACUCCUGGCCAAGCUGUCAGCCCAUGGCUUGGAUGGGAGCACACUGCGAUGGGUUAGGAACUGGCUGGAGGGCCGAGCCCAGAGAGUGGUGGUGAAUGGUGCCACAUCCAGCUGGCAGCCAGUCAGCAGUGGUGUGCCCCAGGGAUCAGUACUGGGCCCCAUGCUCUUUAACAUCUUUAUUGAUGAUCUGGACGAGGGCAUCGAGUCCAUCAUCAGUAAAUUUGCUGACGACACCAAGCUGGGCGCAGGAGUUGAUCUGCUGGAGGGUAGAGAGGCUCUGCAGAGGGACCUCGACAGGCUGGACAGAUGGGCAGAGUCCAACGGCAUGAGAUUUAACACAUCCAAGUGCCAGGUUCUGCACAUUGGCCACAGCAACCCCAUGCAGAGCUACAGGCUGGGGUCAGAGUGGCUGGAGAGCAGUCAGGCUGAGAGGGACCUGGGGGUGCUGGUCGACGGUAGACUGAACAUGAGCCUGCAGUGUGCCCAGGCAGCUAAGAGGGCCAAUGGCAUUCUGGCCUGCAUCAGGAACAGUGUGGCCAGCAGGAGCAGGGAGGUCAUUCUGCCCCUGUACACUGCACUGGUGCAAAGGAAAGGCUCAGGAGAAUCUACUAGCAUGCAAGUGCAUCACAGUAGUCCUUCUGCUACUCAGAGUUCCCUAAGCAAAAUCACACUCUUUGUGUUUUAUACCCAAGGAGAGGAAUUUCAUUAUGAAGACAGGAAAUCUAGAACACUGUUCGUGCCCUGUGCUCCAAACCCGGGACUGCUCCUUCGAGCCAAGAAAAGGGGAAGCUAUUGCUUCAUGCAGCCGUGCUUCUUCCCUGCAGCCGUCCUCACCAGCCCCGAAGGUCAUUGCCACGAGGGACGACCCCAUUCCGGAACCAGCCGUACUGGCCCUGCCGGGGAUGACUCCGCAGGACUGCUCCCUGCUAUCAGGAGGGAGCCGCCUGAGUCCUGCGAAGCGACCUUGCCUACCGGCUAG